AUGCCUCGGCCUAAGGUGUCCCCCGCCAACCGCCUGCGCGCAUACGAGGUUUGUCUCGCCUGCCGCGUAACUAAAAAGCGAUGUAGCGGCUCAUUUCCCUGCGUGGCGUGUAUCAAAAACGACAGAGCCGAUACCUGCACCCCGUGCAAACGAAAGGACCGAUAUGCAUCUCCUCGCCUGUCGCGAGACAACCGGGGCGGAUUGAGCUCCACUACGGUCUCGGUCUCGGAGUCGAGCGGUGCCAGGUCUCUGCCUGUCACUGGUUCACAUCGUUCGAGUGAUACAUCUCGUCCUGAUCGCCAUGUUACACCUCAUGAAUCGCCGAAUGCCGUGGUAGAUCCUGGCUCCCCGGAAGCACCGCACAAGACACAUCCGCGGAUGUUACGAAAUCUCCAAGGGGAACGAGUUUUCAUUGGCAAGGCUGCCUCGCUAUCCUUCCUACAACUACUUCGUGAUACUGUCACCCAAUACAUCGGACCGUCGCAAUUCUCACACAAUGUCAGGAGUGAGGAUAUGCUUGAGACAGAGACACCGCGGGAUAUCCCAGUGUCAAUCGGAGAUGUGGACUCUGAUCAACAAACGGCCUUUAUAGCGAAUUAUCACAUUGCGACGAGCGGGUUCAUACACAUCCUUUCCGACGCAGAACUGUCGGAGAUACUCAGUGAACCACUGCAAUCCCCGAACAACAGCCCCAGUGCCCACCGGGCUUUAAGAGACAUCAUGACUGCCAUAGGUGCCCAGUCGUAUAGGAGCAGCCCGGAAACCAUCCAGGCCGAGCGCUUUUUCUUCGCACGCGGUCAACGCAGUGCAUUUGACAAUAUGAUAGAAAACCCAAGCUUGGAGCUUGUGCGGGUGUUUCUUUUAAUGUCGUUCUACAUGCUUGGUGCUUGUCGUCGGAAUGCAGCGUUUAUGUACAUCGGCAUAGCUGCGCGUGCCGCGGCGGCACUUGGGCUUCACCUGAACGAUUCGUCCGAUGCAACCCCGGCGAGUGAGAGACGUCGCAGAGCUCGUGUAUGGAUGAGUCUUUGCAUUUUGGACCUUCUGGUCAGCUCAAUUCUCGGACGGCCUCCCGCAACCACAAUUCUACGCUCGGAUCGUCCAGGCAACCAAUCGAACGCGGGAAAAAAAGACUACUAUAUCGAGGCGAGUCUAUUGGCUUCUUUUCACAUGUCACAAAUCCUGGAUGAAAUCAUUGUGCGGCUGUAUAGCGACAAAGCAGCAUCAGCAGAGACGGCAGAGUCUCUCCUGGGAAAGCUCAAAGGGUGGAGCGAGAACUUACCGGAGUCCUUGCGAACACCCCCGCCAAUUGAUAGCGAGCCAUUUGCCGCCCAGGAGCGUAUCAUAGGAUGUCUGCAUAUCGCAUGCUCUUACCAUUUUGCCGUCAUCAUAAUCACGAGACCAUUUUUGAUAUCUGCCCUAGGCGUUCGGCUGGCCCGACUGCAACGUCCUUCCGAAGUUGCCAUGCAGGAAGCACUCCAGGAGGAUCCUGCGCACUCGAGGCUGGCUGGUGCCUGUACAGAUUCUGCUCUGUAUAUGAUCCAGACCUGCAUGGAAGUCCACCAAUCGGGUUUGUUGCUGGGGAACAUGUGUAUCUUGAAGGCGUUUGUAUUUGCCGCAGCGCUCGUCCUAGGUUUCUCGAUGUUUUCUCAAAACCACACGGAUUCGAUUUUGGACGAGGCGUUCAACGGCGCAAUUGAAAUUCUCCAUACCCUCUCCCAGCAAUCCGCACAAGCGGCGCAUUACUACGAAAUCCUUACCUUUCUCAGAAAUGCCAUCGAACAGAGAAGGCGACUCCUGCAGCAAACGCAACAAAACAACAGCCCCUAUGUCAGCAAACUCUUCAGUCUUAACCAACCUAGAGACCAGGCAGACGCGGGAAACAACGCCCCGAUCCCUGCGAGUGGCAGUUCUGACAUGACAAUACCCAACGGAGCCUUGGAUAUGUGGUCACUUAUGGACCCGGCUGAGCUGAGUAGUACACUUCCUGCUUGGGAUGGCAUGGAUUUACCUCUAUGGGACAGUUUCCCUUUCGCAGCGGCCGGGUUUCAACUGCCGGAUAGGAUGAACGAUGCAAGCUUGACGCUUUGA